AUGUCUCUAGGCUCCAGCACACCCAAAUGGCAGAGUAGGCAAACACUACUCAGAAAUCGUGGGAAACAACCAAAUCCACCUGAGACGUCCGACUGGAACCAGUACCCUUACCCUUCAAAUCGUCAAGCGGAAACUUGCGAACUUGUCGUAUCUUGGUUGGAAUACCAUGCAGCUCAAUCAUUGUUACCAUUCAACUUAUACGAUAGGUACAGUGGAACGCCACCAGUGAAGGAUGUUGUGCCGGGAAUUGUUAAAGAAAACUCUCCGCCGGUAGAACUUGGAAGUGGUGUUGCAGACAAAUCAAGUGACCUAACGGACAGAACGUUUUCAGAAAGUUGGAAAGAAUUUCUUCGUAUGCAAGCAAACCGGAGUAGCCAGUUCGAGGGACUAGGUUUGGGGAGAGACUCGAUCUUUGCAGGACGUUUUGCAAAAUCCUGCACACUCGACGACUCAGACAGCGGUUCAAGUAACCUAGACGACGACGAUUACGAAUACCAAGCCCUCAAGCAACUAGAAGCCCACCAAAUCGACGCCAUCCGCGCACGAAUCCUAUCCUUCGACUUCGGCAUCCCCCACAAACGGGCCAUCGACAUCAAAAAGACGAUUCUCGAAGAAUACCAGAACCUACUCAAUGAAAACCCCAAGGAAGUCAGUUACGAGCCUCGUUUCCACGACACCAUAAAUUCUCGUCGUGGCAACUGGGAGGACGAGGAUGGGACGGAGAAUUUCUGUCGCUUGUAUGAUGGGGAGGGACGGAGGAUUCGUGAGUUGAGGGAGGACGAGUUUUUGAUGGGGGAUCAGCAUUCGAUUUGGCCGAUUCCGAAUAGGCCGCCGACUCUUAUGGGGGGAGGGGAGGAGAUUGGAGGGGGUGGGUAUUGGUGUUUCUGA